GUAAGGCGCAAGCGAACACACCCCGUGCGUACUCACUGUUGUGGAGUAGCGGGUUUUUACGUUGGUUGUGACAAGAAGCGGGAAAGAUGAUUUCACGGAGGAAAGGUGGAAAUACCGGCAAUUCCACAGCUGUGGAGAAAAAGAGAUACGAACUUAGGGGUCGCACAAUAAAUUCGGGGGAGCAAUCCUUUCACAGUCCAUCUGUCUAUACUAUCACAAAUCCUCAGACACCUGAACCUGAUAAUAUUUCUGAUAUUGUCAUUCCGUUAAUCAAGAGCGCUGCUAAAGAAAAAGAUCGCACGUUAGUGAAAAGUAAAUCUACAAGGAGAACCACCAGACCUGUCACGCCUGAAAUGGACGACAACUCUGACGGCUCCGAUUAUGAUAACAGCAGCACGAGUGGAGUAUCCGAAAAUGACAGACAGCCCAAUCUUCCUACAACCGCUUCUUCUUUCACAAAUGACACAACAUUAAAUCUCGUAAGACCUCCCAUAUCUAGUGCUAGUAGAAUGCAGCCCCCUGUGUAUACUAGAGAUAAAUUAAAGGAAGAAACCUAUACAGAAGAAAGACUAACACUGAGAAGUAAAAAGCUUACAGAUAAGCCAUCUGUCUGGACUGGCACACAUGGCGGCUUUUCUGAUGCUGAAAUGAACAAGACAAGCCACUAUGAAGAAGAAAAGCGAACGCUGAGAAGUACAAGUCGUGGAGAAGGGUCAACUCUCUCUCAUCGCCAUCGACAAGAACCCAAAGAGAAUACAGUGAUGCCGCCCGUGCAGCCUAAAUCCAAUUUCAGCUUUUCUGAUGAUGAUGAAGAGAAGAGGACUCCUUUUCAACAAAAGACAGGAGACUUUCAGUCCAGACAUGGUGGAGGAGAUAAGAUGAACCACUAUUCAGCAAGAAACAUUGAGCAGAAAGGAAAAGCUGUACGGAAACCUCCUACAACGUCAUUCAUACAUCUUGCUGGAACAUGCAUGACAUUUUUAGUUCCGGCUCUCCUAGCCCUUCUUCUUGGCAUGGCGGCUGUGUUUUACAUAUCACCAGAGUCAGUCCUUGAGGUGUUAAAUCGGGGCAAGUUUUUACUUGGACCACAAGUCAAGAAAGAUCUGAAGGGGGACUUUAAAAAUCUUACGAGUGUUUUCACUAACCAGUCUCCGCUUAUGUGGAGUAGAAGUAGGCGCAUUCUGGAGCUUCACCUGGACAAGUGGAAAAACAAUGCAGAACCCGCUAUAAUUCUCCUCGCUGGUGCCCAGGAUGCUGAACAAACUCUGCUCUGUCUUGGCACACAGCUAGCGGAUAUCUAUUCCUCCUCCCUUAACGGCAACUACACAGUGAUAUCUGGAUCAGAUUGGGCAUCAGGAAGCAAUGAAGAGGUUAAAGAAUACAUUGAUCAUAAUCUAAGCACAGGUUUCCAGGCCACAACCCGGGCAGCAGUGCUGCAUCAUAUAGAACGACUGCCCGCAGGGUCACUGCUGAUCCUCUACAAAUAUUGUGACCAUGAAACAGCGGUGUUUAAGAAUGUGAUGCUGCUGCUGACUGUGCUCUUGGACGACGCAACCCUGAAGAAGGACAUGUCGCUUCCGGAUCUGGAAGAGAAAGUAAGAGCGUUUUUAAUCCAAAAAUUAAUUGACUCCAAAACCAAACUGUCCCAUGACGGGAUGGAUGAGGACAAGUUUAGCGGAAUCUGGAGCCGCAUAUCACAUGUUGUCCUUCCUGUUUUCCCUGAAAAAAAUACCAUGGAGCAGUGUUCAAAAAAACAGAAAUAAAUGAAGUCCAUGAGACUAAAGGCAAGAAAAACAUUAGAUAUCCUGGUCACUUAGUUCAGGAUUCUGUGGGGAAAAAAUUGUGUUCUGUUUAAUGGCGGAAACAGCAAGUGGAAGCAAUAUCCUACUAUACAUUAAGGACAGACAGAAGAUUAUAUUGGUCUGUUUGGAUGUCACAUACCACCAGUAUUACAAGGGGCCAUUGAAAUUUAAAGGAAAACUGUCACUAAACUCUUCCUGCACUAACCAGAGGUACUGGCCGGGAGUGCGGGGGACUCUGAUCAAUAGGCU